AAGUUUAUGUUAUUUUGUAUCUUGUAAAGCUGUUUAUAGAUGCGUUUAUAUUUAAGGACGGUGGACGAGUUUAUAUCCAUCUUGAAUUUGUGUAGGUCAGCAAGUGGAUAUUUUGGUUGCCAAUUCGCUAUUUUUACGUGGUUGUUUCUUCUCAACACUGGGAUAAGGAAUGCAUUCUAUUUGUGAAGAAGUUGCAUGAAUGUAGACAAACAACAGUUUACGACUUCACACAUCAUUACUCAUCAAGGUUCAGUUGGCACUGCGCCUUCUGCUAGUAUUAAAGCUUUAAAUGAAGUUUUGUGACACAAAAAGCGGAUGUCAGUGCAAAAUCAAUUCAAGACAUAACAACUUGGAAAAGGAAGAACGUAAAAGGACUGGAAGAUAUAUUGCUGCCGGUACCGCUAUACUUCUCACACUUUUAGCAGUUUAUCAAGCUUUAGUUGGAGGCACACCACAGUAUGCAGCCCUUUUUGUACCAGCUUUAAUCAUGUUCGUGUAUCUUUUAUGUAUUUUACAUGCUUCUAAACAUCAACAACGUCUCGCAAAGGCAAUGGAACAAGAAGCUCUAAAAGAAAUAAUUGUGGAAAAAGUUCCGGAUAUUUUUAACAAUACUAAACCAUUACCAAAAUCGACUUCUUUGGUCCGAUCUUAUUCGAUAGCUUGAAAUUUUCAAGAACACCAGAAACAAUAACGAAAAUAAAAAACGGUAUCGCACCAAAACAAUAAUUUGUAACAAUGUUUUUCAUUGUAAACGUUGCGAAUACUCAGCACGGAAAUGCAAAAUAAAAAAAUAAACUACGUUAUCGCUUCGUGAACAAAUAUUAAAUAUUACAACAAAAAUGCGACU